UAAGUGAAAUCCUCCUGCCCAUCCCCCUCUUACUGAUUUGUCGUUACGUUGGAAGAUCGAAAUGGGGCUAAACGCAUCGAAGCGUGUGGAGCGAGUGCUGAGUUCCUCUCCGGAGUUUGAUGCCGCCUGCGAGGCCGUCUAUGACCGCUGCCUGUCGGAGGCGCAGCACGCCUUCCCGGGUGUCCGCCGCUACCAGCUUGUCGAAGCGGCCGCCGGCCUCUACGGCUUGAUUUCCGGGGGCAUCACCCUCGUAGGGAGAUGGGUCCCCAAGCCCCCCGGCCGUGCUCAGGUCGAUGCGACCAUCCGAAGGGUUCUCCCUGGCGCUUCUGACGACCUUGCACGGGCUGAGUUCCGGGCCUUCGCGGUGGAUCUAUUCAGGGAUGCUGUGUUAGCCGGAGCAGGGCGGGCGGUGCUCCGCGGUGUUCCCAUCGGUGUCGCGGGGAUUGCCGGCCUCGGGGUGGCGACGAGGGCCGGAGGGGAGGUGAUAGCUAGGAUUAUGGGAGUGUACGCCGUGGGAAUCACCGCCGCCGUGUACCUGAGCUUGUCGUGAAUCAAGGUUAGGAUCGCCGCCGGUGGCAACACAUUAGGGCCGUGGACCGACUGCAUCCAAUAAUUCGGUUUGUAAAAUGUGGUACUCUAUUAUCAUAUAACAAAUUUCAGACCUCUUGCGCUCGUCCUCAUUUACAUUA